GACAUGCAGAGUACGCAGGAGGAAGCCAGUCGAACUCUCACUUCCACAGCACCGGCUACUGGAACUUCAAAAGAGGAAAGCGGCAGUGACGGCAGUGAGUCCCUAAACGGCUCUUUGUCGAAGUUGGUGGAGGAUAGGGGAAGACGGAAGCAAGUGCGAGAGCGACAUCACGGGCCCGCCUUGAGCUGGAGCUUGCAGGAGCAGCGAAUGCAGCGAUCUCCUGUUAACCUCGGCGAUAUCGGAAGACUUUCCGAGUCCUUUCACGAAAGAAUGGACGUAACACAGAAAGAGUACCUCGCUGAUGGUCUUCGCACCCGUGCAGGAUCUGAACAAUGUGAUGUGAUUGGCAGGCUUGUAGGUUCGUAG